GUGCUAAUUAGCACGGUAUGGGGCAAGUGGAGGGUGCAAGCAAGUUGCGCUAGACUUCAAUAUUCUGCAUAAGUAUUGCAGUAAGAAAAACGAAAAGCAGUGCGAACUGAUAUAGUAGGUGAAAGUGCAAAGCCUGUACAACAGCAUGCAUUUCUUACGGAUCCUAGCGAAGUUAAACGAAUGGAGAAGAAUUUAUUAGAUCUUAUGGAAAACUUCAAUGAAGGAAAAUUGCACGCAUUUGGUAAGGAACAAACUCUUGACAAAAUGGACAAAGUUCGUGAAUCACAGGAAUCUUUAGCUCAACUACAUUUUGAAUUGGAUGUUGAUGAAUCACUUCGAAAAGAACACGAAGAAGUGGGAAGAAAUCGUAAUCUUGAAAAACUCAUGAAAGAUCUUGAAAGUUAAGCUUAUCGAUUUAUUGUCAGACAAAAUCUUCAUCAAAACGAUCAAAGCUAAGUUAUGAAUUGCUUUUUUUGUCCUUAUAGUCCUUAGAAGAAGCUUACUGCGAGUUUUAGACAUAAAACGUUAAAAUUGUGUAUAUUGGAAAAUGAACAUCGAUGAUCGAAACCUGAGGACAGUGGCUCCAAUAAAUUUAUUGUCAAAAUUCAUAGAUGGCAAAGAAAACUUGACUUGUAGUCCCUUUAAGUAAUACUUCAAAUUAACUGAUAAUUAACUAAUUUUUGACAACAUUUAUUAAUAAAAUUAAGUUUUUUAACUGUA